AUGACACAUAUUCACCAAAGAAAAGGUGAGGCUGAACUUGCACAGGUAGACUGGCUGCAAACAGUAAUGAAGGAUAUAAAACCAAAUGAGGAGAUUGUAAGUGUAGUGACAUCUGGAGACAUUGAUAGUGUAGUUGUACAUAUGUUUGCAUUGUCCCUGCACUGGCACAGAAAUCAAGACGGAACAUUCAAAAACACAGUGUAUGUCCUCUUGCAGAAGGCGAAACCCGAAAUGUACAAUAUUACUAAUAUGAUUGAACGCAUGGAGAAGCACUUUGGAUUCAAAUAUGCUGCACUGAAUAUUGCCAUUGUGUGUUGUAUGGGUGGCAAUGAUUUUCUGCCAAAAUUGAACGGAAUGUCUCAUGAAAAAUGGAUGUCAACAUUCCUACAAAUACCGGACGCUCUUAGAACAAUUUUGAGCUUUGAGGAAUAUGAUGCAGAUGUGGCACCAUGUAAAGCUUGGAUCAACAGCAGUGUCUACCAUAGCAUAAUUAAACACAUGUACUGCCCAAAAGGUAUACUGCCAAGCCAACUGACUAUUGAUGAAGUCCGUCAGAUGUCUAUCAAAAUGCCAGGCAAGGACUUCCGACAUCCAACAUCCUGGAUGCCUCCUCCCUCUGCUAUUGAAAGCUUGAUAAAGCUGUUAAAUUGUCAGCUUGAAUAUAUGUUUACUGUGUGGGACCACUCAGCAGAAUUACCAACCUUUCUAGGGCGUGGGUGUUUGAUUAAAGACGAAAAUGGUGAUGUGAGUUACGACUUCGGGGCAGGCUGCAGAACUGACAACAAGGAAGAUCUUCUUAUCAUAGAUGAAAAUUGUUUGCUUGACAAAAUUAAACUCUGCAAAAGAAGUCAGAAGAGGUGUGUAUCAAUAGAUACCCCAGAAAAGAAUGCGACACGAAAGCGACGACCUGUUAUGUCAACCCCAAAGAAGAAGAAGGAUUCAAAACCUCCAGUGCGAAGGUCGCUUGAUAUAAUACAUGCCCCAUCAAGACCAAUUGUUAAAAACGUGAGCACUGAUAAUGAUGUCGUUGAAAUGGAAAGAUAUCCUGAUAUCCUGUGAAAAAUAGCUAGAGCUCAGCAAACUUAAACUUAGAUCUGGCUAACAGAAAAGUGUGGAGAGAUUGGGGACCAAUCCUGGUUUCUGUCUAAAUUUAUUACACAAUUUACACUACGUGAUUAGAACUGUAAUAACUCUGAUCAUUAUUUAAAGAUUUGGACCAACAAAGUUCUUUAUUUAUAUAUCAAAGAGUAUCCAAACAUUCUGACAAGACUGGUAAAAGUGUGUAUAAUAGUAUUGAUGUAUCUUUGUACAUUUUGUGUAAUUACUUUUAAAUUUAAAACCACAUGUGAAAUUGGAUUGUUUCACUAUUCCUAUGCAUUUGCAAAAAUAUACGUGAAAUGUAUAGAAAGUUUUCCGUUUUCACAAAAUGUUAUCAUAAUUUUCUCAUAAACUUUAGUUUCAAAAACUUGCUGAAGCCCACAUUUAUUGAAUAAAAAAGUGCAAGCAAAAAUAACACUAUGUAUAUUCUAUGGAUUUUUCUUAGUAUAAUGUACCUGAAGUUUAUAAUCAUAUUCACAAUGUAUCUUUAAUGUGCAGAAUUAUAUAUACUGUAAUUAAAUCCAUGUAACGUGUACGCCAAUUUGUUGUGUUACUUUACUUUACAAAAAAGUAAUUGUUACAAAAUGCUAACUCUAGAUAACUAAGCAAUUAAUCUGAACCUUAAGUAUUUUAUACUUUUCAAGAAUGUAGUAUAGCAGGUAUUGACUUUAUUCUAUUUCAUUUUUUUCUUUUUGAACUUACUUUUUAAUUUACAGGGAAAAGGUUCUUUAAAUGUUUUCAGUAUAAGCAUUUUUAUAUGAUCUUUAUAAGAGAAUAAAUGCAAUACAAAUCUACAUCAUUUGUUUUUGAGUAAGUUGAUACCACUGUAUAGCAGUAACCACUCCACUGCUAAGGGAAAACUAGAGGUGAGGCAGCAAGCAUCUGUCAGAGAUAAUUAGAUACCUGCUGUGCUUAAUGGUCAUUUUAUUGGUCUCAGGUCAGUAAAUUACAUGCAUCUUAAUG